UCUUUAAUUAAUCGCCUGCUGUAAAACGCCCCGAGUCGUCCUACUCGAGGAACCCAGGAGGGUGCUGGAGAGGAACUCAUCCCCGCGGCUCCGCCCAGGACUCGGGCUCCUCAACCGCGCGCCAGGCUGGGAGGAGGCUCGGCGGCACGUGACGUGUUCCAGCCGCCGUGGCCGGCGACCCAGAUCCGUCCCCGGAACCCAAGCGCUGCUGCCCUGGCCCUGCUGCGCUCCAAUGCGCGUGCAUUUGGGGCCCAGGUCCCUUCUGGGUUCACGUGCCACCGGCGAUCUCGAAUGCCCCCCGAGGGAACGUGACUGUCCCAUUCCGUGCAGAAGCAACCCGGGGUCUCCACGUCCGCGGGGAUGGGAUUCAAAUUCGUUUUUAUCCUGAGCUGCGGGGGUCACUGGCACCUGGGGACGGUUGUCCUCUCGGGCGUGUGGACCGAGCUCCCGAGGCCGCGGGGCGCGCGCACGGCAUCCCUGCGCGCUGAUGUGGCAGCCGCCGCAGGUCGCAUCACGUUGCCGGCCCUGUGCUGGUACCCGCUGGAGACGGGAUUAAGGAGGGAGGCCGCGGAGGUGCCAGUAGUAAACGUGGGUUCGCCACACUCUCAGCGUGGCUUAUCGCACGAGGGGGGUGGGGUGGGAAGCACCACGGCGUCUCACAAGCUGGGGCUGGCAGGACCCCGACUGCGUGGCUCUCCCGCAGCAGACCUUUAACGCUACCCACUCCGUGCCACCCCUCCCCCUCUCUGCGCUUCCCCGGGAGCACCCGAGGCCCCAAACGUCAUCUGCCGUUGUGAUGAGUGGCACCGCAAUUCCGGCUGCUGCGGGAAGUUUAGGUAGUCCGGGGACACCGUGUCGCCAAAGCUACUUGGAAUGCGACAUUUGGAAUCAGCGACUACAUUUUCAGUGAUCCUAAUUCCUUCCAGAGAUUGGACUGCAAGUCCUCCUAUUUUCAGGGUAGCCCUCCAGCCAGUGCCACGGGGUGUCUUUCUACCCUACCCUCCCUCCACGCCCGACCAGUGAGCAGUGAGCAAAGCCUCGGAAUUUUCCUUCCCUGCUGAAGUUUAGCCACCGGGAAUUCGCGUCCUUUCUCUGGCCCAAACCAACAGCAAUCGGUGAGAAAGCAAAAGGCCACGUUCACGGUUCUGCACCGAGAUGCCGGCCGAGCCGGGGAAGCCGCGCGUCCCGCCCCGCCCCCGCGCCCUGCAGCGCCUUGGGGAAGACGAACGGCUCGGCCCGGGUGGCCGCUUCCUCCUGGUGGCCCCGAUCAGGUGUCCCCGCCCCCUCCCGGCCCCUCCUCCCCGCCCCCCUCCGGGCUGGACCGCGGAUGGUACGUUCCGCACGUGAGCUGGGUGCUGGUCUGGCCGGCGACGCGCGUGCCCUGUGGCCAAACACUGCCCGGAGUGAGAGCAAACUACCAGCGCAGUGCGUGUGUGUGCGCGCGGGGGUGCGCGCGCGGGGGAGCGAGAGGGUGAGCGAGCGAGCACGGGGCGGAGGGGCGGCCAACUGCUUCACACUUUCAACACUGCACCGAAGAGGGAGAGCGAGACAGCCUGGAGACGCACACAUCCCCCCAAGAUCUCCCCAGGCCAACGUCCCACAGAUUACAGGACAGAACCCUCCAAAUCGAAACGGAGGAAACGGACAGCCAUUGAACAUGGACGAAGGAAUCCCUCAUUUGCAAGAGAGACAGUUACUGGAACAUAGGGAUUUUAUAGGACUGGAUUACGCCUCUUUGUAUAUGUGUAAACCCAAAAGGAGCUUGAAGCGAGAUGACACCAAGGAUACCUACAAAUUACCGCACAGAUUAAUAGAAAAAAAGAGAAGAGACCGAAUUAAUGAGUGCAUUGCUCAGCUGAAAGAUUUACUGCCUGAACAUCUGAAAUUGACAACACUGGGGCAUCUGGAGAAAGCAGUAGUUUUGGAAUUAACUUUGAAGCACUUAAAAGCGUUAACAGCCUUAACGGAGCAGCAGCAUCAGAAGAUAAUUGCUUUACAGAAUGGGGAGCGCUCUCUGAAAUCGCCGGUCCAGGCCGACUUGGAUGCGUUCCACUCGGGGUUUCAAACCUGCGCCAAAGAAGUCUUGCAAUACCUCGCGCGCUUUGAGAGCUGGACGCCCAGGGAGCCGCGCUGCGCACAGCUUGUCAGCCACCUGCACGCCGUGGCCACCCAGCUCCUGACGCCACAGGUGCCCCAGGGCAGGGUCCCCGGCCGCGCGCCCUGCAGCACUGGGGCCGCGGCCGCCCCCGGCCUUGAUCGCGCCGCCCGCUGCGUGCCGGUCAUCCAGCGGACUCAGCCCGGCACCGAGCCUGAGCACGACACGGACACCGACAGCGGCUACGGAGGCGAGGCGGAGCAGGGUCGCGCCGCCGUCAAGCAGGAGCCACCCGGGGACCCGUCGCCCGCGCCCAAGAGGCCGAAGCUGGAGGCGCGCAGCGCGCUCCUGGGCCCGGAGCCCGCGCUGCUCGGCUCGCUCGUGGCGCUGGGCGGGGGGGCGCCCUUCGCGCAGCCGGCCGCCGCGCCCUUCUGCCUGCCCUUCUACCUGCUGUCGCCGUCCGCUGCCGCCUACGUGCAGCCUUGGCUGGACAAGAGCGGCCUGGACAAGUAUCUGUACCCCGCGGCGGCCGCGCCCUUCCCGCUGCUGUAUCCUGGCAUCCCCGCAGCGGCCGCCGCCGCCGCCGCUGCCUUCCCCUGCCUGUCGUCCGUGCUGUCGCCGCCUCCCGAGAAGGCAGGCUCCGCCGCUGGUGCCCCACUCCUGGCGCACGAGGUGGCGCCCCCGGGGCCGCUGCGCCCCCAGCACGCGCACAGCCGCACCCACCUGCCGCGCGCUGGGAACCCGGAGUGCUCUCAGGAAGAUGCCUCGCUACCUGCCAAGGAUGCCCCCUGAGCCCCGCAGCCCUUCCCGAACAGGGGCAGGAGGCUCCCGAGGAGUCGUCAGGUUUCCGAGUUCAAAGGUCCCCUUACGCGUGCCAGGGAGGAAGAGUAAGAUGCUCGACAGGCUUAGGACAAAAACAGGUGUUUUGUGUACGUUUGGAGUUCCUGUUUUGCCCGUUUCUCACCCUUUUGUCACCCCACCCUCUACCCGAUCACACCCACCCCACCCUUCGCCCCCGCUGUUACAGAUCCUCCGUGCGAAUUACUGGUUAUGUUCUAUUACCCCCCCACACCCCCAAAUUUAGUCCGCUCCCCGUUCCCUCAGACACAGAGUCUGGCUUUGGGAGUCUGUUGGGUGGGAGAGCCACGUGGAAAAGAGAGUGCCUGGUCCUAGGGUCCUUGGACUCUGGGGCCUGGAGCAGCAGGUGUGUCCCCCAGCUGUCCCUUGAGGAGGUACUCCAUUAACCGAGGGUCUCUUGAGAGUUAAAUUUACGUGUCAGUAUUUUGUAGUGUCUGGCUUUUUGAAAGGUACUUUUUUUUUUUCCAAAAAGGUGAGGAUGCUCUUGCCCUGUUGUGGGGCCCUUGGGGUGAUGUCUCUGUACCUUGCACUUGUUUGGAAAGACUGGGCUUUGGGCCAUCUUCAGGCGCUAUGUCAGGGUGGGAGCUGGGGGCGGGAGGUUGGAGCCCUUGGCGCCUCUGCUCGCACUUUAUUGACAGAUUGACCUCAAACCCUUUGUCCCACUUCAGUUUCUCAAUUCAUGUGCUGUGUCCCAGGUCAUAGAUUUGUGUUUCUGAGCAUGGCCCCGCCCCCACCGCGGGUUACUUUACCUAUCAUGUUCCCAAAUUUUUGUAACGUUACUAUUUUUAUUUUUUUAAUUUUCCAAAGUGCACUGGGCUGGAAAAAGAAAAGCCCAAACCGAUUGAUUGAUCCUCAAAUUCUUAGAUGACAGAAGUGGAGGGAAGGGCCAGUGCUCCCCUGUGAUGGGAAGUGCUCCGGAGAUGUAGAGGGAGCCCUGCAGGGGCCUGCUCUCUCCGUUCUGUAUAUAUUUUUCUGGAGACCAAGCCAGCUACCAGAUAAUCAGAAAGAAAGCUUGUUCAACACGGCACACACCAAGACCUUGUCUAGAUAUUUUUAGUUUGUUUGUUGCUAAGGUAGCACUGAGAACUGUCACUUGAAUGUUAUGUAAGGGGUGAGACAAUAGCCUGGAGUGAGGAAAUUUUCUGGGUCUACUAGUGUGUUCGGGUCCGUCUGCUGCUGCUGCUGUUGCUGCUGUUUGCCUCAAACGCUGUGUUUAAACAACGUUCAACUCUUAGUCUGCCCAGGCGGCUGUAUGUACAUAGCUGUUAAUACACCCAAUUAAUGAUGCCUGACAUGUUAUUUUUGUAGGGGAGAAAGAUACGUGCUAAUGGUAUUUUGAGUUAAAAUAUCUUCUGGGAGGACUUGGUGAAGUGUUUGCACUUUGGUUACUAUGCUUAUGACGCUUGGUGCAAGCUUACGCUGUCUUAAAUUAUUAAACAAAUAAAUACUGUCUGCAAGAAACCAGCCGGUUUAGACAAGUUUAGUAUGUAAAGAUAAGCUAGAACCUAUCUUUAUAUUCUAGUAUUUUCAGCACUCCCUGAAUUCUGUUAUCUAAAUAUUGCCGCACUAUUUUGUGAUUUAAAGCUUAUUACUAAGGAAUAAAGACUUUAUAUAUGA